AUGCCCAGCUGGGCCACGGAAAACACCAACAAACAUCGACACACCUUUGGAGAAGGUUGUGGUUCCUGUUGGCCCAUUGUGGUUCCUGUGGGUGGGCUCAGGGCUCUCUUCAGCGAUUGGCAGUACCAGACUGGAACCACUGGCAAUGACUAUGUAUACGGUCUGGCCAUUGACUCCAAUGGGCCAGUGGUCGUGGGCAGCACCGCCGGUGACCUCUAUGGAACCAAUCAAGGUCAAACGCAACUCGGUGCAGCGAAUGACGACGUUGCCCGGUCCUUGGCCGUGGACGCGAAUGACAACCUUUGGGCGGCUGGCUGGAAUGGUGGACCUUCCCCAAGAACCCCAUUUAUAUUCAAGAUGGUUCCACCAGGUUAUGGGUUGGACGUCUAUGACCAUCCAAGUUCCAGUGGUACAGCUUUUUUCGGAGGCAUCACGAUCGAUAGCACUGGAAAUGCAAUAGCAGUUGGAGGCUCCACCGGGACCAUUGAUGGACUUACUUCGUCUGGGGAUUACGACUUUUUGCUCAUGGUCUACAGCAAUGCAGGGGUGAAGCAAUUUACCAGGCUCACUGGCAGCAGUGGUCAGGACGAUGCAUAUUCUGUUACCACCGACUCCAGUGACAACAUUGUUGUGCUGGGAGAAACGUCUGGUAGCAUGAGCGGCUUUACGAAUGCUGGCGUUGGUGAUGAUGUGGUGGUGUUGAAGUACGAUAGCAGUGGAACUUUGCUGUGGACAUAUCAAUGGGGUUCAGCAUCAGAUGACUGGUUCAAAUCUGUGAAAACAGACAGCAGUGACAACAUUUACGCGGCUGGCAUCACUGCUGGCACACUGACCGGUGCGAACGCUGGGGGCUACGACAUGGGGGUCUUUAAACUCAACAGCGCGGCGGUACAGCAAUGGGUCGUUCAAAGGGGUUCAGCAGGAACUGAGCAGGCACUUAGUAUGGCAUUGGACUUGACGAAUGACCUGAUUUACGUGUCUGGGAAAUCUGAUGGUGAGUUAGAUGGUCGCACUGACACGGGUACAUCUGCUGCAUUUGUCAUGGUCUUCGAUUUGGCUGGAACUUGGCACACCACAUUGAUGAUGAGCUCCGUCAGCCCUGCCACCUUGACGUUCACCAGCACGGUGACAGUGACUUCAGCCAGGAACGUGGCAAGCGAAGUUCUAGUGAAUUUUGAAGAAAGGCAGAAAAACUUGGUUCGGCAACUCUUAGAGAAUGCAGCUAAUGAGACCGGGGUUCCAGUAUCAACUGAAGAGCCUGAUGGCACUUUGGUGCUUGGAGUGGCAAUGAGCGACCGCAUCACUGUCUCCGCCCCCAACGGCCUCUCAUUGGCUGUCCCCACCACGCUGCUGGCAGCUGCGGGCGGCUCAGUGACGCUGAGUGUGGCGCAACUGGGUCAGGAUUCGGAGAUGGUCCAAGCGUUGGAGGCGUUGGAGAAUCAGACCGAGGAGAUUCUGGACGAAAAUCUCCAAUUUUAA